UUCUCUCCCUGGCUCGGGGAUGGCAGUGGGGACUGGUGGUUAGAGCAGGGGGCGGGGGAUUGGGUGCCCGGACGCCUGGGUUCCCGCCCGGCUCCAGGAGGGGCGGGCCCGGCAGGUGUGCGGCUCUGGCUCCCGGAUGCGGGUGGGGCCGGAGACACCUGAGCGGCCGGAACCCAGGACCCGAGAGUUGGAGGGACCAGACACUGAGCUGCUCUCUCCAGUGCUGAAUCCAGAGCCCUGAGGAUCCAGAGCCUCACAACGAUCUAGAGCAGACACGGCUCUAGAUGCCAUCAGGUUCCUGAGCUGACACCUGCCAAGCUGACAAGUGUGGACUCCAGAAACACCAGCAAGACCUGCUCGGUUCUGGAGCCUUCGCAUCCCUGGGAGCUGGUUCUAGAUCCUGCCUUGCUCUAGAUCGGUUGGACCGGCGAGCUGUGGGUCUAGAAUGCAGCCGGAGGGCUCCAGAGCGGGCCAGCCCAAAGCAGGGAGCCCCGGAACCCCUCUGAAGUUCUAGAUCAGGUUCUAGACCCCCAUGGAGGACCAGAGCGACGCCUGCCGGCUGUGUGGCUCCCAGCUGCAGGGCAGCCAGCGCCGGUGGCUCUUCCACCGGGCACCCCAGCGCCCUGACUUGCGGGUUCUGCUGGCCCACGUGUGCCGGGAGGCACCACGCCGGGGGGACGGCCGGGGCGAGUUCCUCUGCGGGAAAUGCGCCCAGGCGCUGGGGCGGGUUUUCCGCUUCGACACGGUGAUUGCCCGGGUGCAGGCGCUGUCCCUUGAGCGGCUGCGGCACCUCCUGGAGGAGAAGGAGUGUCUGGCCCGCUGCCUCCGGCACCUCCACGCCCACCGCAGCCCCACGGGCAGCCUGCCCCCGAGCCCGGCGGGCGCCCCCCAGCUGCCGGACGGGCCGUACCAGCAGCUGCUCCAGGAGGACAUGGCGCUGGCCGGGUUUGAGUGCUGGGCAGAGCCGGGUGCCGGCGGGAGCCCCUGCCAGAACCGCUGGUGUCCCGGCUGCCACGGGCUGCGGGUGCCCGACGCGGAUUAUGAGUGGGUGUGUGGGACGCCGCGGCAGCUCGGCGCCAGGUCCCCAGCGCUGCCCCUCUGCCGGGACAAGUCCCAGAGCAUGCCCCUGGUGCUGCACGCUGGCCUGGGGGGCAGCGGGGGGCACGGCGGGUCCCUGCGCUCCCUCCACUCCUGCUCCCUCCUGUCCCUGGCCAGCCUAGCAGGGCCGGAGCUGCUGGGGGAGGCGCUGCGGGCGCUCAGGGGCAUCGGCCGGCGGGCACUGAGGGUGCCCCGCGGCAGCAGGAUCCCGGUGCUGGUAAGAAGGGAAUGA